GUUUCCAGAGAGAACAGCUCUCCAGUCCAAUAGGUGGCGAUGAUGCUCCAGAACGUUGGUUGUCAACUGCCAAUAAACACCAACGAAGAAGAAACUGGCUCCUCCUCCAACAACAAUGGCGUCCUCCACCGGAGACGGCGUGAGUGAAAAAGGAAAGAAUUCAAAAAAGACUAAAAGCCAAAUGGAUGAAUCUGAGCUCCUGAGUGUUCCUGACGGAUGGAAAGAGGCGCCGUUCACGAAGGACGAUAACCCCCGCGGUCUGAUGGAGGAAAGCAGCUUCGCCACCCUCUUCCCCAAAUACAGAGAAGCCUACCUGAAGGAGUGCUGGCCGCUGGUGGAGAAGGCCUUAGGAGAAGUCCACAUCAAAGCCACUCUGGAUCUGAUCGAGGGAAGCAUCUCCGUUUGCACCUCGAAGAAAACGUAUGACCCGUACGCCAUCGUGAGAGGCAGAGAUCUCAUCAAGCUGCUGGCAAGGAGCGUUCCCUUCGAACAGGCUGUGCGGAUAUUACUGGACGAUAUGGCGUGUGAUAUCAUCAAAAUCGGGACACUGGUGAGGAACAGAGAGCGGUUUGUGAAGCGACGACAGCGGCUGAUUGGCCCAAAAGGCUCCACACUCAAAGCGUUAGAGUUGUUGACCAACUGCUAUGUGAUGGUGCAAGGAAACACCGUGUCGGCCCUGGGGCCCUUCAACGGUCUGAAGGAGGUACGCAAAGUGGUGAUGGACACAAUGAAGAACAUUCACCCCAUCUACAACAUCAAGACUCUGAUGAUCAAACGCGAGUUGUCCAAAGACACCGACCUGCGCUCUCAGAGUUGGGAACGUUUCCUGCCCAAAUUCCGCCACAAAAACCUGGCCAAACGCCGGGAACCCAAGAAGAAGAGCGUGAAGAAAGAAUACACACCAUUCCCCCCCGCGCAGCCCGAGAACACGGUCGACAAGGAGCUGGCCACCGGAGAGUUCUUCCUGCGUGAAAGUGUGAAGAAGAGGAAGAAGAUGGAGGAGGUCAAGGUGAAACAAGCCGAGGCGCUGACCAAGAAGCAGGAAGAGCGUAACAAGGCUUUCAUUCCUCCUAAAGAGAAGCCCUUGAUGAAGAAAUCAGCUAAAGUUUCUACAGAAGGAAAGCUGGACAUCGAGGCCUUAAAGGAGAAAGUGAAAAAAGCCAAAACUAAGAGACUGGGGGCUCCACCAGUGAACCCAGCGCCCCCCCCCAGUGGCAACAUGAACAAAAAGCAAAGGAGCAAAACAAAAAAGAAACGCUAACCACACACUCACACAGCAAGGAGUCACAAAGUGUGUGUGUGUUUGGAUCAAUGGACGUUUCUGAACGACUCUAAAUACCGAGAAAUAUUUCGAGCUACUUUUGUAAUAAGGAUUUCCUGUUCGUAUUACUAAUCGAGACCAAUUCUCAGUCGAAGAGAGAGAUGUGUGAGAGCAAACAUUUCCUUUUUUCUUUCUCAUACAGUUCCUGGUUUUGUAUAGGUGUAAAAAACGUACUGCUCUACUUCCCUAUGUGUGUUCAGGCAGAUUGAAACUGAUGGAAAUGUAAAAAUAAAGACAUGUUUUUAAUCAGAA